AAAAAGUAUUUCAAUGACUUUAUUAUUUAUUAUGAGUGAUGUAACUGAUUACAUUUGAUUCUCUUUUUUAUAACUUUUCUAAUUUUCUAGGAUAUUAAGAAAAGAUGGCGUUUCAUGGAGGUUUUUUGUAAACGUUCUACCAUAAAUAUAUAUAACUUAUUUUUUAAUAAGUAAUGCAUUGUUAAACACUUCAUUCAGACAACUUUAAGGCUGCUUUUCUCGAUGUUUCGAGUUUGUUUUUUUUUUAUCUCAAUGUGAAUUAAUUUGGGACAGCUGUAUUCCGGGGGACACGCGCAGCCGAAGUCGUUCCCGACGCGACGCGUCACUCAGUCACCGGACGCCGCGGAUGAGGAUGAAGGCCGGCUGGAUGGAACGAGGGGCGGAGGGAUCUCCGCUCGUGCGCUCAGGCCGUCCGCUCUUCCGCCCAGUUUUCCGACGUGAUUCGCCUGCGGUGAAAAUGGAGUUCGCGUAAAGCAGAUCCCCAAACUUCCCAGGAAGAAUUCCCAUCGUUCGCCGCGCUCAUUCCGUCCCGAUCCUAGACUUUGGUUUCCUCCGCGCUGAGGACGCGUCCGGCGGCUCGGUCUUCGGUUCAUCGCUGGAUCCUGUCGCGUGAAGUCGUCGUGAGGGUUUUCAGCGCGCUCUUGCCGAGAUUUCGGGGUUUUCUGGUCGGAUCGGGAUGAGGAAGGCGCCGAUGGUUUCCCCGCUGGAUGUGAUUUAUCGCUCGGAUGGAUGGAAGUGUCGCUUUCACCGCUUCCACACACCCUUCCCGUUCUGAAUCCCGUGCCCGGGCUCGACUGCUUCUCGGGAACGAUAACGGCCUUUCGUGCUGCUCUCGCCGAGAAAAUGGAGAUGUUUGCGCUUUAUUUCCCCGCCGUGAGUGCGAGCUCCACCGUAUUUCCAGGAUUCGGAUCCCCGUGAGAAAAAAUGAGCGAAGAAUCAAAUCCAAACAGCGAGAAACUAAUUUGGACAACUCUAAAGUGAGAGUUUUGCGCGUGUGAGAGCGGUGGUCAUGACUCGAGAUGACUCCAGCGGCGGAUGGCUUCCUCUGGACUCCGGAGGACUCAGCUCCGUCAGCGUACACAAGCUCAGCCGGACCGAGGCCGACGGCUCCAGCGCUGCAGACUUCCUCAUCCGCGGAGAGCGGCUCCGGGACAAAACGGUGCUGCUGGACUGUGUCAUCAGGAGGGAUCUGGUGUAUAACAAGGUCAAUCCCAUCUUCCACCACUGGAGGAUCGGCAGCAUGAAGUUCGGCCUGACCUUCCAGAGCCCAGCGGACGCCCGGGCCUUCGACCGCGGGAUCCGGAGAGCCAUGGAGGACGUUAAACAAGGAGGAACACCUUACACCGACACCCCUGAAGAGCCUUCAUCACAGGAGACUGUGUCUGUCAGUACUCCGGUGAGGGACGUCUUCUGUUCUCGGGGGGUUGUAUUUACUGAACCCUUCCACGGCUCUUAUGUUCGAGCUCAGCCCUUCGACGAGGCUCUUACUGCCAGCCAGCGGUUCCUGCCUCCACAGGUGUCCUCCAGCGGCAGGCGGCACGUGAGCUUUCACAUGGACGAGGAAGAGAUCGUCCGCAUCAACCCGCGCAAAGAUGUGCUCAUCCGAGGCUACGAGGACUACCGGCACCCGGUGCUGUGGAAGCAGGACCCGGAGCGCGAGGAGCCGGACGCCUCCGCCGCCUUCUCCAAGCCGGACGCCAAGGAGCCGGUGAAGACCCAGCAGCCGUCGGGCCGGAGGCGACGUGAGGACGGAGAGCGCUCUCGCUGCAUCUACUGCCGAGAGAUGUUCAACCACGAGGACAACCAGCGGGGCCAGUGCCCUGACGCGCCCGACCCCAUCAAACAGUGCAUCUACCGGCUGAGCUGCAUGCUGUGCGCCGAGAGCAUGCUGUACCACUGCAUGUCCGACUCGGAGGGGGACUUCUCGGACCCCUGCUCCUGCGACGCCAGCGAGGAGCAGUUCUGUGUGCGCUGGCUAGCACUGCUGGGGCUGUCUCUGCUAGCGCCCUGCAUGUGCUGUUAUCCUCCGCUGCGCGCCUGCCACCGCUGCGGAGAGGCCUGCCGGUGCUGCGGGGGGAAGCAUAAGGCCGCGGGCUGAGCCGGGCCGGGCCGGCGCCGCUGCUUUCACUAGCCCGAGACGGGCGGAGCGUCGCUCUUGGAGCACGGGCGGAGGAGCUCCUGACGCCAGGAGGAGCGUCCGGAAACACGCCGGGGUUCGGCGACUGUAACUGUGUGAAGAAAUAACAAUACUAUCGUGUCUUGUACAGAGCUCUAACACCGUGUCCUAACUACAUGCCACGCGACAAGCAAUGUAGCUUUCCACACCGGAGUCAAUCAAACAUCACAGCCAAUCAGAAGUGUGUGUGGGCGGAGCCUCUCUUGAAGCUCGCUGCUCUCGCAUCAAAGUGGAUACGUUUGGAAUAUAAUUCAGAGAUCUUUUAACAUUUAUUAAAAGCACGGACUGAGUUAAGGCUGUCAAACUGGCUGAAAAGAUAAAUGAUCGUUUUGUACAUAAAUAUUAUCAAUAUUCAAGUUAUAUUUGAAUUUAAAAGGCAUCCUUUCAGGUAGGAGGGAAAAACGAUUUUGGCUUCUCUCCUGAGGCCACAAGAGGAAGCAGCGAGCAAAACACUACUAAUACGCAUUUCUUCAAAGCAUUAAAGCAAAAAAAGUUUAUAAAUCGUAUAGAAUUAAUUUAAUUGCUUAAACGAUUAGAAGCAAAGCAGCAUCGUGUAUGUAUGAGUCGUUUAAUACAAAAGACCGAAAACCAAUCACAAAGAGCACUUCAUUUAAAAACAUGAAAUUGCAUUCAUCUUCUAUGACCAGUGCAACAGUGAUACAUGUCCCUCUAGAAAAUGUGAUGAGUAUGCAUUUUGUGGGAACGGAUGUUUGCUUUGACAAACAAGAUCUUCUCCGCAUCGAUGUUCUGCUUUCAGCGCUGCAUCCAGUGAGUUCGGUGUAAGCUAACAAAAGCAUUAAAGUGCAGUGAUUCUAACAUCGUCAGCUGAUAGAGCUCCCGAAGCACUCCUGAAAAUUUUAUACAGCUAUUGUGUGUGCAUUUUUAAUUUAAAUUCAACAAUUAUUAGAACUUUUUUUGACAGCCCUAAUACUAAGUAACUGAUACCUUCUUUGGAAGUACACUUGUUUUGCGUUGUUUUUAACGUAUAUUUUUGCUUUAAUUUAUUGUCACUAUCUGUAGUUGCUAUGGCUACGACCAGGGCAGAGGUUGUUAACUUAAAUUUCUGCCAUUUAUGGAAAAAAUCUUAGCAACGAUGGCAAAAUCCAAAAGCCGUCUGUUGCUUUGACUGCCAUGUGUACUGAAAACAGAACCGAUCGGAUUUAAGAACUGAUAUUGGUUCAAAAAAAUUUGAAUCUAGUAAAAUCGAACCCUAGCAUAUUUGUGAUUAAUGGCCUCCGCUGUCAUGUAAAGAGACGCAGCCUCUGUUCAUCUGUUCUCUUCGUAAAUGAAUAAAUGCACAAUCCUAUAUGCUCAUAGGUUCAAUAUUAAACGUUAAAAUGUGAAGAAAAAAUACAAGCAACUCUAAGUGUUCUAAUGAAUAUAUGCCAGAUUUAAAUGACACCCAGUGUCUCUGAAAGGGUCCCACAAAGUGAUAUUCAGACUCUGAAUGAAGCACAUAAUCCGUCCCUGAGAUUCAUUACUAGUUUAUAUGGAACUCAAACUAGCUAGCUAGGACAGAAACCGAUGAACCCGGGAAAGAUGCCUUUAGGGCGUGUCGCGUCGUGUGUGUUCAGGACACGGUGUAACGCGUACGCUGAAGGGAUCCCGCUUUUUCGUGCAGUUAUUAACCGUGGCCUUUUCUUUUUGACCUAUCAGCGCUAGACGGAGGAAAGCACUGAGCUACAGACUCUUGGUUUUGCUCCUGCAUCGUGUUCGGGCACUUAUCACGAUCUCACGAGCGCUUCGUCCGCCGCAGACUCCGACCCGCGGGCGGUUCCAGACCCCAGGGACGCUCGACACGGAGGACUGUACGAGUGUUCGUUUUACAUGCAUGUUUAUGUUGAUGCCGAAUCUCGUUUUGACUGAUGUUUUGUGCGAAGAUGAUCUGUCAGUGUUGUGGGAAAGGACUACGGUUUACUUUCUAUGCAAGUGUUUCCACGAGACGCUCUCGGACCGACGGGGCGUGUCGUGGUUUGAUUUCACAGCAUCCUGUACAUAGGUCACAUCUUAAUAUUGUUUCACAUUGAAAAGUAGUGGAGACGAUGGAAAGGUUUUAAUCGAGAUCCUCUCUAGUUUUGUAUCGCCGGACCGUGAAAUAGUGCGCCGAACAAACGUUUAUGAAGCUCGUCUUAUGAAGCUGCUAGAAACAAUCACUAACCGCGUCGCAAGAUUUAAUCGGAUGACUGUUAAUCGCGAUCUAGUUCUCCAGUACGGUUUAACCCUCGCCUCGCUGUCGUGUUGCUCCUUCCGGUGAAUCGCUCGAGGCGACUCGGUUCACCUCGCGGAUUAUGCAACGCUUUCGCGUGUAACGCUGCGUUCGUGUGACUACCAGUUUAAUCACGUGCUGCUAUUGUUUUAUUUUUAUCAUCGGUGUUCUUCUCUAUUCGUGGAGGUAUAACUCUGGAAUGCUCCUCGUAGUGUCGCCUCUCUUCGCGGUGUGCGCGUGUUCUUGAUUCUGCCGUAAAGCAGCGCUUGAUGCGUCGUGAACUCGUUUAGUUUUUACGCCAUCGGCUUCGUUCUCCUCCAUCUGAAGAAGUGCCUCACAUCAGCCGUAGACUCGCUCGUAACGCCCCGCUUCUAACGCUUUAUAUCUAUGUAUAGGUAUUUCUAUCAUGGUUUGAAAAUACUAAAUAUAUGAUGUAAUAUUUAUAGUUCAGUAACUCAUGUCAUAGAUGUAUUUUCUGUAUACAGAUGUAGCUUGUUACUUUCGUAAAUAUACAAUGUAAAUAUGCAUACAGAUGUUUGUAACUGUUUUUAUGUUACAUUGUACACUUAUUACAUCACUUAACAUUACCAUGAAAAUAAAAUGAGAGUUUAAAUUA